AUGGAUCCCCUUAGUGUCACGGCUAGCAUCAUCGCAGUUCUCCAGCUCUCGGCCAAGGUUCUUGGAUUCUGUCUUGAGAGUGGAAGUGCUGAUGAACCGUGGUACACCGCUAUCCGAGCCCUUGGAGUCGAGAACGGACCACUCGACCAGUACAAGCAAGCUCUUGAAGCACUGCAAAUGAAAUUGACAGGCAGAGGCAGGUUACAGCAUGUGGGUAAAGCCCUAGUAUGGAAGUUCAAAAAAGAAGAAAUCACCAGUAUAUUGGAUCGAGUUGAGCGUUUGAAAUCGUUGGUUGGUAUUGCAUUGCAGAUGGAUCAUUUGCAACUUUCUCGAGUUAUCAAAGAAGACAUAAAUGUCAUUCGAACACAAAUGCCUGUAAUACAGUCUAGAGUAGACAACGUCCUACAAGACCAAGCCGAUGUAAAGCACAGAAACUUGAUGGAGUGGAUCUCGUCCACCAACUAUCCCGCUCAACAAUCAGACAUUAUAGGUCGCAGGCAGAAGGAGACGGGCCAAUGGUUUCUUGACGCAGCCGAAGUCGCAAAGUGGAUCAACACACCAAAGGGAACACUCUUCUGCCCAGGAAUUCCUGGUGCUGGCAAGACUAUGGUGGCCGCAAUCGCGAUUGACCACCUCUUAAGUUACGUGCAGAGUAGCUCAGUCGGAGUUGCGUAUCUAUACUGCAAUUACAAAGCCAAGGAAGAGCAGAGUGCAUCUAGUAUGGUAGCGGCCAUUGUCAAACAGCUGGCGCAACGUCGACCAUCGAUGGCCGAGCCUAUAGCACGGCUAUACGAGCAAUAUGAGAAGUGCGGCACAAAACCAGUACUUGAAAAAAUCCUUACCACUCUCCAAGAGGUAACAGCAAAGUACUCCACUAUUUAUAUUGUGGUCGAUGCUCUAGACGAGUGUCAAGAUAGCGACGGUAAUCGCAGUCUAUUUCUAGCCAAACUUCGAGAUUUGCAGGCAAGAGAAGAUGUCCGCCUUAUGAUCACGUCACGGUUCAUUCAAGAGAUUGAGGCUGAAUUCAAACAAGAGGAGAGGCUGGAAAUUCGGGCUAGUAAGGAAGAUGUAAGGCAAUUCGUAGCUGGUCAGAUGUACCGACUACCUAAAUGCAUUCAGCAUGACACCGCAUUGCAGAAACUUAUAGAAGAGAGGAUUUCGGAGAGAGCAGAUGGCAUGUUUCUCCUUGCUACCCUACAUAUCAAUUCUCUCCUAGACAAAACAACGGCGAAAAAGGUCAAAACAACGCUAGACAACCUCUCAAGAGGCUCAGCCGCGUUGAAAAACGCAUAUAACGGUGCUUUGGAAAGAAUUAAGAGCCAGUUAGACGGGCAGUACGAGCUAGCUAAGAAAGUCCUAUUGUGGAUUACGUAUGCAAAAAGGCCACUCACUACAACCGAGUUAUGCUGUGCGCUAGCAGUAGAGCCAGGGAGACUAGCACUCGAUUCAGACAACCUACCCGACUUAGAAGACAUGCUGUCUGGCGCCGAUGUGAACGCGGUAAGUGGAUUAGACAACACUGCACUUCAAGCAGCUUCAGAUCAGGGCCACAAGGCAAUCGUGGAGCUCCUGCUUGAAGAGGGCGCAGAUGUAAACGAGAAGAGCGAAGAUCUUGGCACCGCCCUUGAAGCAGCUUCAUUUCAGGGCCAUCUGGCGAUUGUAGUGUUGCUGCUUGAAAAAGACGCUGAGGUGAAUGAAGGGAGUGGCGAAUUUUGCAGCGCACUUGCGGCAGCUUCAUACAACGGCGACAAGACAAUCGUAGAGCUAUUGCUCAAAAAUGGCGCUAACAUAAAUGCCCCAAACGGAUACCAUAGCAGUGCACUUCAGGUAGCUUCGGCUAAGGGUCAUAAGGCAGUUAUAGAGUUGCUGCUUAAAGAGGGUGCUGAAGUAAAUGCAAGAGAUGGACGCUAUGGUAGUCCUCUUGCAGCAGCUUCAGCUAUGGGCUAUAUGGAAAUUGCAGAUCUGCUGCUCAGAAACGACGCUGAUGUGAACGCGCCAAGUACACACGAUGGCAAGGAUGCAAUUCAGGCAGCUUCGGCUGGUGGCCACGAGCGGAUCGUAGAGCUGCUACUUAAGCAUAGUGCUAAGGAGCAUAGAAAGAAUAGGGUCUACACCAAGCCUCUCAUUGUAGCCUCAGCUAGACGCCCAUGA